UCGCGCCCUUUAAUUAUUAAUUACACUUCAUAUUUAUCAUCACUCCUUUUUAGACUGCUUUUAAUGUAUUUAUCUCAGCAAUACGUGAGAUUUGGAGAUUGGCAGCACUCUCAGUCAAUUGAUGUGAACUGAAGAGCCUCCUGUCUAGUAAAAUUAAAACUAAAACACAGAUUAUCCAUUAUCCUGCAUUAUCCAUACAUAAAAUAGAAAUAGCAACUGUGAUUAUUUGUUCUAGAAAAACGAAAAAGGACCUGCCGUACAGAGGGGAAGCUUACCUGACUUUAAAUAGUUAUUGCAACUAUUGAAAAUGACUCGUGGAAAUCAGCGUGAAUUAGCUAGGGCAAAAAACCAAAAGAAACAACAGGAGCAGGCUAAAAAUAAAAGAAGUGAUGGACUCACUCUGGAGCAACGUAAAUUCAGGGAUGCUGAGCUCAUGAGGGAAAAGCAGAAGAAAAAACAAGAUGAUGAAUCGCAAGGAAGUGGCCAGGCCUGUAAAUAAAGUGACUUUGCAGGCUCUUUAAUAUAUUUUGUAUAAAUUUGAACGAUAAUUAAGAUAUGUUUUUUACAUAACCAGUGAUAGUAUAUGUGAAAUAUGUAAUAUAUUGACGAAAAGUGCAGUCGAACAUCAUAGUAUGUAAAUUUUGGUAUUUGUUUAACUGUUCUGUUUUUUUUUUGUAUAUAUUCUUAAGGGGUACAUAUUAUUCAGUAUUUAUAAUUUGGAUUUAUUAAUACUUAUUAUACAAAUACUUGUAUUACAUUAUAACAUGUCAACUUUAUAAUAGACAAUCAUUGUUUUUGCAUUAAUUCAUUGUAUCAUUACAGUAUUUUCAUCCCAUUAACUAACUAUUUCUUUAUAUACUUCUUUAAUACAUUCUUUGUUAAAAA